CUUACCGAGAAGACAGUCGAGCCUCGGUUCCUGAAGAAUUAGCAGGGACCUGUCAGUAUUUUGGUUAGAAGAAUCCGACAGAGAAGGACUUUAGGGUGACUGAUGAUGCUCUCUCUCAUCAUUGUAUUAAUUGUGAAGUACAGCGAUGCCCGCAAUCACUCUCUGAGAUAUUUUCGCCUGGGCAUUUCGGAUCCUGGCCAAGGGAUACCUGAAUUUAUUUCAGUUGGAUAUGUGGACCUCCACCCGAUCACCACCUAUGACAGUGUCUCCCAGAAGAAAGAGCCAAUGGCCCCAUGGAUGGCAGAGAACCUGGCGCCUGAUCACUGGGAGCGAUACACUCAGCUGCUGCGGGGCUGGCAGCAGGACUUCCUGGUGGAACUGAAGCAACUGCAGAGCCACUACAAUCACUCAGGGAUUCACACUUACCAGAGAAUGAUUGGCUGUGAGCUACUUGAGGAUGGAAGCACCAAGGGAUUUCUUCAGUAUGCCUAUGAUGGACAGGACUUCAUUACCUUCAACAAAGAUACCCUCUCCUGGAUGGCUUUUAAUAACAUAGCUCAGAUCAUUAAGAGAGCAUGGGAGGCCAAUCGGCAUGAGUUACAAUAUCAAAAGAAUUGGUUGGAAAAAGAAUGUAUUGCCUGGUUAAAGAGAUUUCUGGAGUAUGGGAAGGAAACCCUACAAAGGACAGAGUCCCCGCUCGUCAGAAUAACUCGCAAAGAAACUUCACUGGGGAAUACUACUCUUUUCUGCAGAGCUCAUGGCUUUUACCCCCCAGAAAUUUCCAUGAUCUGGAUGAAAAAUGGGGAAGAAAUUGUCCAAGAGGUGGAGUAUGGAGAUGUUCUUCCCAGCGGGGAUGGGACCUAUCAGAUGUCGAUAUCAGUUGAGCUGGAUCCUCAGAGCGGUCAUUAUUCCUGCCAUGUGGAACACUGCGGCCACCACCUGUUGCUUCAGGCCCACCAGGAAUUGGAAACCCUCCCAGUGGUGGUGAAAGCUGUCCUUGGGUUCACUCUUUUGGCCAUCAUUGCCCUGCUUGGAGUUGGUGUCCUAGUCUGGAGAAGGCAGCGAGAGAAAAAUGGAGUUGUUUACCUUCCUACAACCACGCAAUGAUUGGAGAUAACUCUUUUCCAGUUGUCUUUCCUGUAGGAACGAUGGCUUCUUCUAUCUUUGUGGACUGAGGUACAGUGAUCAGAGCUCUUGACCACAUUCGCAACAGACUUGGAUAUUAUAGGAUUGAACAUUUAUGGCAGGAAGACAGGAACCAAGAAAUUUUCUCUUGUGGUUUUUUUUUUUUUUUAUCUAAAAGGACUGUCAGCUUUCAAGCUCUUUUGAUGGACUCCUUUAUCACUCUUGGCUCUAAAUGUAGCUUGUCUCAUGACACAACAUUUUCCUAUAUCUCAUUUGUCAACAGUGGUUUAUGAGGAGAUUGGAGAAUCUCAGAACUGGAAGGACUCUUAUGAUCAGGGCAGGAACUGUCUUCUACAGUGCCUUUGACUUGAGCAUCUAGCCUCCAGUUGAACACCACCAGAGAAGGGUUCCUCUCUAAAGCAUAGAAACACCUUUCUCAUUUAUCAUUUUUCAUGAGAAUGUUUAUUAUACAAGAACUGAGAAUAUUGUGGGCACCAUGACUAAGGCCCUACAGACAGAGUGGAGUUACCCCAUGAGAGUAGCCAGCAAGUUUCUACAAUGGCCUGAUCAUUUUCUUAAAUUUUUUUGUUUUUUACAUCAUUGUUCAUUUUUAAGCAAUAUAUGCUUCCCCCACCCCCUCAGGUGUAGUCCCCAUAGAGUUUCCUUCACCAAUGCACCCAGCACCGUCACCUCAGCCCCCUGUGCUCCUCCCUCCCUUCCCUGCAGGAUGUCUCUGAUUUAUAAUUGUCUGUUUUUGCUUUGUUGUGUUUUGUAUUGUUAUUAUUUUUUUUUACACUGAUGUCUUAUUUGACUACCCUAUCUUCCUGCUAUAAGUGAAACCAUCUGAUAUUUUUCUUUUUCCUUCUGACUUAUUUCACUGAACAUAAUUCCUUCUAGCUCCAUCCACAUUGCUGCGAAUGGCCUGAUCAUUUUGUACAUUUCCUGACCUGAGAGAAAGCAAAAAGGCCCCUGUUCUUAUGGAAACUCUAACUGGAAACUUGGAAUAUUGGAAAUAUGCCUGGUCAGAUCAUGGAGGUGGUCUCAUUCUUUCUGUCUUUUGUGGGAAAGUAAGCUCAAUAAUUGUCAGACAUCAUAUCACUUUUAAUGAAUCUGCAGAGACCUGGAGCCCAUAGCAAUCUCUAAUGUCAAAAUGAUAGUCGGUUUUUGUCUCAGAAGUGGAUUCAAGUCUAAUUUCUGUCCUUCUAGAACUGGAAGCCUUGUAUAGUACAUCCAGUCAGCUAAAAUUAUCUGAAAGGUUUUGCAUAAUCCUAUCACAGAGUUUAUUUAUGGCAAUCUAUUUUUAAAAAAUUUAUGUCAUAUUACAUAGUCUGUUUUCAUGAUGCCUUCUAUGUAGUAAGAACUCAGUAAAUACUUCUUGAAUGAACCAGUACAGUAUUUUAAUUAGCUAGUCCUCAUGUACCAGAGCAAAGGAACAGUGUCAUCUUACAGUGAAGUCAUAGAGGGGAAAUAACUCACUCAGGAUCGUAUGACAUUCCAGGGGCCCAGGAUGAACAUUCCAAGGACUUGUCUGAAUUCUUCAAGGGUAUCAGCAGCAUUAACAUUCUUUGUUUAAUACUUUGUCAUUGCCUUGUCUGUGAGAUUAGGGAUCAUAAACAUUCUAACCACACUUGCCCUACCAAAACAUUUAACAGGGAAAAGGAUAGAAUUCAAAGGUUCUUACAUGAGGCACCAUUUUUGUGAAGGCCGUCUUGGGGACUCAACUAUCUGAUACCUAACGUAUUAAUUUUUUAUUCAUAGAGCCAGUAGAACUGUUAUAUGGUCUGGAUUUUUUUUUUCUAUCAUCAUUUGAGUAUUUUGUUAGUGAAUGUUCUUAAAAUACAAAUUCCAUCACUUCUUAUCCAUGACCUUAACCUAGGAAGCAUAUGAAACCAUUUCUUCUAAACGGUUUUACCUCUCCCUCUCCUUUCUUCCUUUCAGUGUUAGCUGAGUCUAGUAGGAAAGCUGGCAUUUGCACCUUGGUGGGGGUGGGGUGUGAGAGAAUGUUUGGGACCAGAAGGUUCUGAGUCUGUUGGAGCUGGACAGUUGGAGCUGAGCAACUGAGUGGCAGCUGGAGGCCGGGUUGGCCUGGAGCCCUGGCAAGCGGAGCAGGGCUCUGAGGCAAGCACCUUGGCCACAGCAAAACAGGGGCCAGAGGGUGGGAACAACCAAGGAGAAAAACAGCUUCGAGAAAAGAGCUUCUCUUCUGGAACAUAAAUUCAGGGAACAGGAGGCUACAGGACGAAAUGGGAACCCACCAGAAUGGAAAAGGAAGUGAAACCAAGGGAAAAAUAAGACAUUUCAACCCAAGCUAACGCUGUCUCUGCUUUUUUUUUAAAUUUCCUUUUGGGGUAUCAGUGUGGAUAUCCCAAGGUGGAUGUGUCACCCUAACUGGGUUAAAGCACUAUUUUUUUUUUUCUGAGCGACAAGAUAGUAGUAUAAAUAGAGAAUUCUGGGAACGCAUUGAGGAGACACUAUCUCUUAAAGGUGGGUGACAAUUCUGGGGAAAUUUGAGGAGUGCAGUGAUAAAAAGUAAAAUAUUUGGAGUCCUGUCAACUGCUAAAACACAGCCCCUUGUUAUACCUCAGAAGGUCUAGAAGCAUGUACUCUGCAUGUUAUUCACAAUACAUCUACAAAUAUAUUAUCUGUGCAUACAACAGGAAGUUGCCAAACCAGAUGUAACCCCAAGGCUGAGUACUUGGGCUGGCUUCCAUCUUUCCUUUAAAAUACUGUAUUGGGGCCUCCCCGGUGGCGCAGCGGUUG